CUCAGACGAUGCAUGCGGCGGUCUCAUUCUCAGCGGCGGUAAUUUACAAAUUUUGUCAAGUAAAGAAAAUCCAGAACUACAUGAGAAAACACAGAAUUUUGGCUAAUAAUGUGGCCAUCACAGCAUAGCAAACAGGGAGAAAUUUAAAAGAAAACAAAAAUGGAGCGAUCUAGAUAUCAUGCAGGCCCACUGCAUGAUCUUCAGAGACUUGAAGAUGAUGAGAACACUGAAGACACAAGUUGGGAAAAAUAUAAACUAAAAGAACUUGAGAAAGAAAUACAGAACCUGACAAAUUUGAGAGAUAAACUGACAUGGGAACUGGAGGCAGAUCCUGGAAAGUUACUACAGAGAUUAUUAAAUGGAGACAGAGAGCAGAAUGAAAGAGAGUUGGCAUCUCUAGGUGCACAUCAGGAAGCAUGUAAUGCCAUUACUGCUGCUAAGAAGUCUAAAGUUAUGCAUACUGUCAAUCUAUACAGGCUAUCUGGAACCUCUAUACAUCAAGUUAAAAAGAAUGUUGUCCGUUUGAUGUUUGACACCUUCAACAGAGGAAGUUUCUUUGAGACAUACUACCUUGAACUUGAAGGAUCUAAAAAUCUAAAAGUUGGCAGCCAUACUUUACCUCACUUUAUUCCCAUAAAAAGAAUCGCAGACCAACAUCUGAACGUCAGUUUACAGCUGUUUGCACAGACUCUCAUGAAUCUGCUGAAUGCUUUUGUUGCCCGUAGGCAGUUCAUAAGAGACCUGCAGAAUCACUUCUUAGAUCAUUUGGAGGAGGAAAUUAACUGCAGCCAAUCAUGCGAUUUCUGUUAUCUGUCAUUAAUCGACUUCCCUGGUCUAGAAAUACCUCUAAGAUUACAGUUGAUGUUCUCACUUGAUAAGUGCCACCCUGGACAGAUCAAAGUGAAGAAACUAAGCAAAAAUGACAGGGAUCUUACAGAGACUGAAAACCAGAUUUUAUCAAGUAUUACCAAGUCACUAUUUGCUGCUCAAAUGCCUAAAAUUACACCAGUAAACUAGGUGGAGGAGUACAGUAAUGGGUAUUUGUGGAAGCCAUGUGGUGCAGAGAUUAGUUGGCUGUUAAUAGUAAUUCCACACUGUUCACAUGGCUUGUGUCCUUGUACAAACAAUUUUAAAAUUAAAUAUUAAAUUAAAAAUAAAAUAAAAUUAAAUAAAAAGAAAAAAAAAAAUCAUGUGAAUGAUUUGGAAUGAAAUUAGUAUUGAUGAACUACACGCACAACUUUACUCCCCAGAGAAUGAAGAAGCUUGCACAGGAUAUGUUAUUGAUUGUUUAUCCACUGACCAGGGCAAAAGUGCUUUGAGCUUUAAAUGGAUAUAUGCACUAUAUAAAUUCUAUAAAAUAAAUAAAAUAUAAUAUACAGCUGUAAAUAGUUUUGGUUUGUUUGGUUUUUUGUUUUAGUUUGGUUUUUGGUUUUGGCCUUUUCAAAAACCGAUGAUCAGUCACAACCAUUCUUACCAUCUGGCUUACAUUUCAUAGCUUCCAUAAAUAAGUUUCAUAUACAUGGAUAGUUUCAAUUGUUAAGAACAAUAGUACAGUAAUUGUAGCUGAUAACAAUUUAGCUACAGUUACUGUACUAUUGUUAAGAAAAAUAGUACAGUAAUUGUAGCUAAAUUGUUAUCAGCCUAGGUUGAAUAACUGUAUAUUUCCACUGUUUAAAUUGGAUUGUUUACUACAGUAUUAAUUUCUUUAAUUAAAUGCUAAACAAGCUCUAAUUUGGGUGGUCAACUUAUAGGUAGAUCAUCAAUGUCUAAAUAUUUGUCUAUAUAUUGUAGUUCUCAUUAUAUGUUAAUAUGCUUAGCUAUUAAUUAGCUUCAUUUCUGUAUAUCAAGUAAGGCUGCUCUGUGAAUGAAUAAAUACAUGCAUUAAUUGUUAUUUUUGAUGGUUUAA